AAAUCGUGACUUGUUUCUUCCGCAACAAACUGACAGUGCAACAACAUGGAUGCAAUGGCUGAAGAUAGCAAUGAAAGUGGGUUUUCCGGCGAAAGCGGCGCAGUGAAGGUACAAGAGCGACUCGAGAAGCGGCACCAGGCGAGGAGAGAGGACGUGGAGCGGAGGAGGGAGGCCAAGGAGAGCCAGUCCGUCGCGGAGGAGAAAGGCCAGUAUUUUUCCAACACUUUCAACUCAGAGAAGGCGUCCAUCGAGGAGCUGCUGUCCAGCUGCUCCGGAGCGGACCGGGCUGUGGUCUCACAGAGGCUGGAGGAGGCCACGGCCAAGACGCUCCAGCUGCAGAAGUUUCUCAAUGACAGCGUGUUGUUUCUGACGCAGUACGACCUGAGAAAAGCCCAGGCGGCUCUGCACAAUCUACAAACCUCCCUCACUGAGGUCAGGGAGGAGGCUCUGCCCAAGAAGAAGUUCGCCUUUAGAAAUCGCUCCAAAGCCUCAGAUAAAGCCCCUGCACCAGACGCACCUGAUGCUGCUACACCUGCAGAGUCUGACAGCACCCAGGUGGAUGCAGCCUCAGAGCAGUGCGGCUUCUCCAACAUGGACAGUGUGUCUCUGAUGAAGACAGCAGAGGAGAUCCACAAACAGGAUGUGCUGCUGACUCACCUGACCAACUGCAAGGUCCGUCUCUUUGGGUCCCCCAGCACGCUGCACCUGAAACACAUCGACAGCUGUGAGAUCCUGUGUGGACCAGUGUCCAGUUCGGUUUUUGUGGAUCACUGUAGGAACAGCACUCUGGCGGUCCCCUGUCAGCAGCUGCGGACCCACAACACCACGGACACACAGGUGUACCUGCACGUCACCAGCCGGGCCAUCAUAGAGGACUGUCGUGGAGUGAGCAUCGCCCCAUUCUCCUGGUCUUACCCCAACCUGGAGGAGGACUUUGCGGUGUCUGGCUUGGACCGGGACCGGGACCGGAACAACUGGAGCCAAGUGGAUGACUUCAACUGGCUCGCUGCAGGAACUCCUUCCCCGAACUGGACUGUGAUUCCAGAAGCAGACAGAAAAACCACCUGGGACCCCUAGAAAAUAACAUUUUUAAAAACUUUAUUUGCCUGUUAAUCAAACAAUGAAGUGAAUGUUUCCAGCCUAAAUACACAUGUCAUUUCACAAUUAUAAGUUGCUUUCAUGAAAGCAAAUAACUGUCACUUUACUGUUCUAUGGCAAAUUCAUCCACAAAUUGUGCUGCACUGCUGCAUCCUCCAUAAAGCUGGGGGAAGGGGCAGUUUGUAUGACAAUGUUUCAGAUGCACUUACUUAAAUAAAGAUUUAGUUGUUUCAUCAGCCCAAA